AAUUGAAGAAAUAAGCUUAUAUAAUUUCUUACUAUUUUGCCAAAAAACUCUCGCAGAAAGAUCAGAGACACUUACUUGGGAGGACAAGUCAUCUGUACAUCAAGAAUACUAUAACGGAAUUAAAAAAAAAAUAG